CUCACCAAUGCCCUUGGUGCCCAGUCCAAAUAUGUACUGAAUGGGGCCUUUCUGUCCUUUAAGCCCAAACACAAAUUCAUGGAGCUUUGCAUGCAGGACUUUGUGGAUAACUACAACAGCUGGAUCUGGGGGCACCAGGGCCCGCAGCUCCUAACGCGCGUCUUCAAGAAGUGGUGCUCCAUCAGGAGCCUUCGGAGCAGUUCGAGCUGUAAAGGAGUGAGUACUCUGCCCCGUGAGGCUUUUUAUCCCAUUCGGUGGCAGGACUGGAAAAAAUACUUCGAAGUGGUCAACUCCUCGAAGCUUCAUCUCCUCUUUAAUAACACCUAUGCGGUGCACGUAUGGAACAAGAAGAGCCAAGGAACCAGGCUAGAGAUCACAUCGCAGUCUUUGCUGGCUCAACUGCAUUCUCAUUUCUGCCCUGCCACGUACCGUAUCAUGAAGAAGGACUCUGAGCGGCAGUGA